AUGUCCUCAACCUCAACGAGGCGAGCGCCUCACGUGUUCAAUCUGAUGCGACAGAUGGAAGUUCUGGAGCGCGCGGGAUCUUCCGGAGAAUCGCUUGUGUGGGACAAUGCAGCCUCCGUAGCUCGCGCUUUCCAAAUCGGAAAGUUUGAAAGCAUGUCGGUGGUCAAUCUGCAAAAGAAUGUGGCUAAGCCGGUGGUGGAUUCGCUUCGACAGGCCGUUCGUAUGCGCGGGAUGCGCGGUUUCCUGCACCACGAAACCGUCGCGAAGGGCGUGUUCAAUUUGGCCUACUCAUCGGGCGCCAGUUCGAUUCCUGGGGCCGAAGUGUGGUCUAGCCAGCUCACAAACAAGGAUGACAAUGAGCUUGCUUUGCUACUUGUGCGCCGCAUGUGCCAAGACUGGGACAAGUUGGCACCGAACAUGUGCAAGAGUUGGGGCUUGCGUGAGAGCAAUCAAUUGCACGCAUGCUGUGGAGGCUUCUUGUAUUUCAUGGGACUGCUGCGAGAGAAGGUGCCAACGAAAGAGUAUGAUGAUGUUGCCAGCGAUCUACAAAAGCAAUUCAUGAUGGGGAGCAUUUGCACGGACAUCGCGGAGCGCGGCAAGCGAGAGGUUGAGGAGCGUGACCGUGAAUUGGCUGACCAGGUGAACACAGCCACUUUGAAGCAGCUCCAACUCAAGUUUGAGGCGGACUUGGGAGUGCUGAAGGAGCGCGUGCCUACGAAGGAGAAGGAAGCGCAAGAGGCGGCCCUCGACAUCAAAUACUUGGCUCAGAGACAGAAGACACUUGUGACUGGGCAGGAUUACACCCGAGACUGGCUGGAGACGAGCUGCAAGUUCAUUGUUGUUGACAGCGCAAUGAGUUCUGCCGUCAGAGCACUGACGUCUCAGAUCAGCAAAUUGACAGAAGGCGGAGGCCGUGCGAGGAUCAUUGAGGAUCACCUGAUGGGCGCCGGCCUGGAUGUCACGCAAACGGUUGCAGUGAACUUUGCGCAGCCACAGGAUGCACGGUCUUCUGAUCGAAGAAGUGGGAUCCAAACGUGCAUCGCAGUCACGGGAUCUGGCACGAGAGCGUCCCUCCAUUGGUCGCCGCCUGCCUUGAUUGGGCCUUUGACCCUCAUCAAGUUCACAGACCUGAUUGGAUAUGACGCUGAUGUGAAGAAGGGACUUGCAGUCCACAAUGGCAUCAUCGAUGCAUACCUGAACGGGCUGACGCGAGAUCCCGAAGACAAAGUGAUAGUCUUCGACAUCCUCCCCAACAGGUACGCGGAAUUUGGCCGCGCUGUUUGCGAGAGACGCUUGGCCGGGCACACACCUUUUCUCUCUUACAUGGGAUUGAUCAAGGACUCGCAGAAGGAUAACCUUGCUGCAGUGGAGGAGAUGGUAUAUAACCAUUGGGAUGGUAGCUCGCACGCGCCAGCAAAACAACGUCCCAAGGAGGAGAAGGAGAAACCUUCCCUGUCACUGGUCCUGUGGCACAACAACCGGCCAAUCUUCCCAGAUGCUUUGGUCAGGAAAUUUGCUGACGGGAGUGACCAGCAUGCGCAGAUUCUGCGGAUGAAGAAGGAGUUGGAAGACUUGUGGCCUUCUUCCGCUGGUGGGGAGAGCGCCGUUGUGAGCGCAAGGGCUGCCGGCUCGCCUGACUUUACUGGGACGCGUGUGUUGGACCUGUCUCGGGAGGUUGACCUUGCCAGAACGCCGUCCAGCGAGUUCAAGGAGGACCGGUUGGCGCUGUGCCCCGGAAAGGCGAACAGGCCUUCGAUCCUGAUCACGAAGUCUUUUGAUAUCUACCUCGGGAACUUGAACUCGGAGGCGAUGGAUGUUCCUUGCGGAGAACUUUUCGGCUUCAAUGUGGGGUCCUUUGAGAUGAGGAUUGCUCCUGCUGGCACGGACAAAUCUGGCCCUACAUUGGUUCCGUGGAGGUAUGACGUGAAGCCUGAUCCCUCUAUGUCAACGAACUGCUUCAAGCCAAAUUCAUUGGCUUCUGGUUUCGAUCACUCGGCCCACAAGCCUUCAACUUUGGGGUGCGCUUUUGGGGGUGCGAUGGAUAAGGUCCAAGUGCAAGCUGGAGGAUCAACGCCAAAGGUCAUGCCGACCAAGCCAAAAGUGUACCUCACGGCGUCGGUCCAAAUUCCUCCUUUGACUUGGGUCAAGCUGUGA